AUGAGUGACUACGACCGGGCGAUAACAGUGUUCUCUCCGGAUGGGCAUUUGUUACAGGUGCAAUAUGCGGCGGAGGCGGUGAGUCGAGGGUUGUGUGCUGUCGCUGUGAAGAGUAAGGAUGGUGUGUGUGUUGCGGUGGAGCGACGAGUGUUGGCGAAGUUGCAAGACUCACGAUCGGCUCGGAAGAUUGAAAUAAUUGACGAUGGUUUGGCAUUGGCAUUUUCUGGUUUGAGUGCGGAUGGUCGUGCCUUAGUAAAUCGUGCACGUGUAGAGUGUCAGUCAUAUCGACUUCGUGCGGCAGAGGCUCCAGGUUGUGAUUAUGUCGCACGUUGGAUCGCGCAAUUGCAACAAAGAUUUACAAUGCGCGGUGGUAUGCGUCCGUUUGGUGUCGCAUGUCUUAUUGCGGGCUAUGAUGCUGCCGGUUCUCCUGCACUUUUCAAGACUGAACCUCACGGUAUAGUUGUAGGACUCAAAGCAUAUGCCAUUGGACGUAGCGAAAAAACUAUUCAGGAAUACUUCGAGAAAGAAUACAAGGAAAACAUGACCCAAGACGAAGCCAUUAAACUUGCCAUAGCAGGCCUCAGCCAAGUUGUUGAUGCUGGAUCCAACACCGUCGAAGCUGUACUGGUCAAACGCGAUGAAAAUAAUCAAGCUGUUGUCGUCCCUCUAUCAGACCAAGAAAUCACCCAACACAUCUCCAAACCUGCUGCCCAAAACGACGCACAAAAUGACGCCGCCAUGAGGGAAGAUUAA